AUGCCAACAACCGAUAAGGCGUUAGCUUUGUUAAGAAAAUAUCCUCGAGUUUGUCAUAAGAAUAUCACAGACUUACCCGGAAGUAGACCACCGAAAUAUCAAGGUUUGCAUAGGAAGAAAAUGGGUCUUGGCCAUCGUGGCAUGUCUCAGCACCAGGCAUAUCCGCCACUUGGUGUACUGGGUGAGAAGACACCGUUUUAUCUUUCUGUUCCGAAAGAACCGUAUAACAAGAUAAGCAUGUCUACAACCAAUCUCUACCGAAUAUCUCUGUUAGAGCUUCAGCGAUUGAUAGAUCUUAAACGAAUCGAUCCAUCAGAACCUAUAGAUAUUUCCACAUUGUGUAAUACCAAUCUCUAUCGGUUAAAUGUGGAUCAUGAUCGUCAGAGUGGUUUUCACCUAACUGAAGAAGGAAUUGACAAUUUCGUAUCCCCCGUUAACAUAGAGGUACAGUAUGCCAGUGAAGAGGUAAUUGCGGCAGUGGAAAGAGUUGGAGGAGUUAUAUGCACUCGCUUUUAUGACCUUUAUUCUGUUUGGGUUAAAUCUGACCCACAGAGAUUCUUCAUGAAGGGUAUCCCCAUACCAAAGGCGAAAUUGCCACCUAAUGCGUUAAUUCCAUACUAUACAAGUGCUGAGUCUCGAGGUUACUUGGCAGAUCCUGAAGCUCUAGCUGAGGCUCGACUGUGGUUAGCACAAAAAUACGGUUAUCAUCCGUUUGAUUUGAAUUCACUACCAGAAUCCACUCAAAAAUUGAUGUCAAUGCGAAAAGAUCCACGACAAAUAUUCUAUGGAUUAGAACCUGGUUGGCUAGUUAGCAUUUCUGAUAAGGCUGUUUUAAAACCAAAAUCUGAUCUACUCGAUGCCUAUCAUAGGUCUUGA